AUGUGCGCAUUGUGUCACAGUGUAAUAUCACACUUUCAAGAUUCGAAAUUAAAAGACCCUAAGGGAUUUAAAGAAGUAGGUUUAUAUAUUGUUAUUUGUAAGCUUAUAUAUUUUUUAUUACAUGUUUUUUAGAGGAAUAUGGGUACAGUAGAGCAAGAUGGGGUUGAGUGUAUAGAGCAAAGUAAAUUUUGUUAUAAAUUUGUUUUUUUCAGGACCUUUUAAUGUCAUGCACGUUACUAAGGACUCCAGAAGACAUUGACAAAUGUCGUGACCAGAUUGACGAUGAGAAACUGAAAACAUUGGACACAAAGUCAGUGGAACAGAUAUGCGAAGAACAAAAAAUGUGCAAAAAGAACGAAAAACCUCGAGAGUUUCGAACAACGAUGGAAAUGAAAACACAAACACCUAUUAGUGCCAAUGUCGAAACGGCAUUUUACACCAACAAACAUGGCGACAGUAAUGGGUACAAACAGUUCAAUGGAGUGGAAGUCAAUGGUAAAUUUUUUUGAAAAAUUAGAAAAUUUCAAACAAAAUUUUCAAAAAUGUAAAAUUGUUUUACUUAUAAUAUUUACUUUCAAUAAAACUCUGUUUUCAGCGCCUCUUCUGAGCACGAUACUAUUCUGCACGUUAGCAAUUUUACUGCGGUAG